CUUGCAUGCAUAUCGUAUUUUGAUGUUUUUUCUUCCUCCCACGGGCUACUCACAUGUAAAUUCGUCUGCUUGCGGUCAAUGGAAGAAUGGAUGCUUCAAUAUUAAGCUAAAAAAAUUGCCAUCUUUAGAAAUUCAUUAAUAUCAUUUACGGAACUUGUAAAGUUUAGCAAUGAGUUUCGUAGAAGAAAGCGGUAAUCUUCGAUUACGUCGAGCAAAAAGUGUUACUCUUGGAAAUCUUGUUGAAGGGGAAUCAAGGAAAGAAAAUAGAUUACGCACCGUUCAGCCUGAUAAACCCUGUCAUAAGCACAGGGAUUCAUUGUUAAGUUCUUCCAGUGGAUACACAAAUUACAGAGGAGUUCUAAAUUUGUGUAUUGUUUUGUUGGUUUUAUCAAAUGCACGAGUUGCCUUAGAAAAUAUAAUAAAGUAUGGAAUACUCAUAGAUCCUGUUCAGUGGUUCAAAGUGUUUCUUAGCAGACCCACUCAUUCGCCCUCUACACUCAUCCUAUUUGGUCUGGGCAUUUUCCCAUUGUUGUCUCUUGGGAUUGAGAAACUGCUUGCCAAAGGACAUCUUAGUGAGAAUAUAAGUAGAUUUCUGAUUGUAUGCUUACUGACAGCAGAAGUUUUAAUUCCACCUGUGGUAGUAUAUGUCACUGAUUGUCAUGCAGUUGCUGCAUCUUUUGUUCUUGGAUUUGUGGCCAUUGUGUUCUUCAAAUUGAUAUCAUACCAUAUGGUUAACUUUUGGUGCAGAGAAAGUUCCUCUCCUACACAUAAAGUCAGAAGACGUAGUGUUUCAUCAGACAGAGGCCGUCGUAAAGAUGUCAGAAAUGGAGGCUCCUCGUCUAACUUAGUUAGUUACCCAAAUAAUUUGAACUUGAAAGAUGUGUAUUACUUCUUACUUGCCCCUACAUUAUGUUACGAGUUGAAUUUUCCUCGUUCAACACGAAUACGAAAAAGAUUCUUGGUUAAAAGGCUUCUAGAAAUGCUGUUUUUGCUGCAAUUGAUCCUCUGUUUGUUUCAACAAUGGAUGGUGCCAACAAUCAACAAUUCUUUGAAGCCUUUACAAGACAUGGAUUAUUCACGAAUGUUAGAGAGGCUUCUCAAACUUGCAGUUCCUAACCAUUUUAUUUGGUUGAUAUUUUUUUACUGGUAUUUCCAUUCAUGUCUCAAUGCUGUUGCUGAGAUUCUAAAAUUUGGUGAUCGUAAUUUUUACAACGAUUGGUGGAAUUCGGAAUCCAUUCAAUACUUCUGGCAAAAUUGGAAUAUUCCAGUGCAUAAGUGGUGUGUCCGACACCUGUACAUUCCUUUAUUACAGAGUGGAGUUACCAAAUCACAAGCAUCCAUUGCUGUUUUCUUUGUUUCUGCUUUCUUCCAUGAAUACCUCGUAAGUGUGCCAUUAAAAAUGUUCAGAGUCUGGGCCUUUUUAGGAAUGCUUAGCCAAAUACCAUUUUCAUCAUUUGUUGAGAAAUAUCUGCAUAAUCAGUAUGGUAACAUGGCUGUCUGGAUUUCGCUCAUUAUCGGUCAACCACUUUGCAUUCUUAUGUACUACCAUGACUACUAUGUGAUACAUUUCAAAAGUGUAGAAGCUGCACAGUGACCAAACCAAUGAGGCCUCAUUGUGAUUGUAAUGCACCUGUUAAAUUGAAAUGUUAUAUAGAAUUUGUAAGAUAUGCACAUUUGUAUUUUAUAAGCUGUUGUGUGACAGGAUAUAUAAAUAUAUCUUUUUUAUACACUACUUUUGCACAAAAUAUGUGAUUCACAUUCCUUGUAAGAAAACUUUUUGAUUUACUAUAUCGAUGAUUGUUUACAUGAAUGCAAGUGUUGAUGUGACGGAAUCAUAUACUGUUCCUGUCUUGAUAGUUCAAGUACAAAAUUACAUAUCAUUUUUUAAAACUCUGGAGCCAAAAAUAUUUUUAGCUACCUCCAUAUGUUGUGAAUCAAAUCAUGCAUUGAAUAUUUAGUAAAACUUUGAUAGGUAUGAAUGAGUAGGGUCUUGACAAAUUAAAUAUAACUUUUUUUGAGAAUUGUGCAUGAUAUGACUAAUUCUGAAUUGAGCUAAGGUUCUCUGAGCUUUAACUUGUUUAUAUGUUGAUAUUUGCACUGAUUUGAUUUUAGAUUUAAACUUUUUUAACCUUUAAAAAUAAUUAUGAUAGUAAUAUUGUAUAGAGAACUUUAUGAAUUGUUAAGAGUUUUAAUUAGUGUCUAAUGUAUUUAAAUAUAGGAAUAUGUAUUUUAAAGUUUUGUUGUAUAAAUGAUGUCGGGAAAAUGAAAUAUAGCUGUUGAUCAACUUUGAUGCUAGUUUCAAACAGUUAGGAGUUUUUAAUAAAUAAAUUAAUCUUGUGAUGUGAAUGCAAGUUUUUAAAGAAUUUACGAUUUUAAGUACAAUGAAAGAAUAAUUGAAACCAACAACUUUUCAAUAAAUUUUAAAGUUUUGCUGUUGGAUAAGAAGAUGAUCUCGAAUUGCAAUUCCUUUUAAGAGAAAAAAUCAUUAAUGAACAUAAAAAAUGCAGUUAUAAAAUUCUAUUAUUUGCAAAAUGUUGUGUACAAAAAGUGAAUCUUGUGUAUAAUUUUUGGUUUAAAUGAGUUUUCUUAAAUUGCAUGAGCUAGUUUUUCUUUUCAUUUGUGUGUGUGUGUAAAUGUCUAUCUUUUUUAAAUAAAGGAUUUUGAUGAAAUUUCAGUAGACUACGUAACUACAAUGACAAGUCAAAGCAUUUCCUUUUGCUUUUCCGAUCUUUUUCUUAAGUUGACACUAUGAAUUUGGGUGGAAUAUUUUUCAUUUUUUAGCUCCAUACUUUAGAAAUUAACUUCAAUGAGUAUAAAUAAAUAUCCUGUGCAAAGCAUUAACCCCUUGAACUGCAAUUUAUUUCCAAUCAGCACUGUUCAGGCAGACAAUUUAAUUUACUUGGUUUUUAGGGAGAUAUGGAAAUAGAAACUUUGUUUUUGUUGCUCAAAUAAUUUGCUGUUAAAAUAUUUUCUUUAUGUCUAUUGCAGCCAACUCUUCUCUUAUUACUUUCACUCACAGAAAAAAUAAUAUCGAAUCUUUUAUAAGAUUGUUCAUAUCCACUCAGUUCAACGUGGCCAUCAUCAUUUUUGCAUACAAAUUUGCAAUUCGUUUCGCUAUAUUGGGUAGUAUUCUUAAUAUAUUCUCUUCGGAAGAAACAUAUUAACGUCUAUAGGUAGAUAGCAUUAUUAAAAUAACCGCUAUGAAAUCCCAACAUGCAUUUACUCUGUGUGAUACUGGCUGCCCAGAUUUAUACAAAUUAUAUUCUAAUAGCUAUUAAAUGCUUGUGCAGCAUCAUAUCAAAGCAAUAAACUUGCAUAUCGUUGCCUCAGAGCAACAGUAAGACAUCUAAUCCCAGGAAUAACACUAAGAUAUCCUACUGUUGCUCUAAGGUGAUGAUAUACUUUUCUCACAAAAUAGCAUCAACUCGAAGUAAUUUCUGCAAAUGCAUCAUUGCCGCUACACUCAAGCAGGUCCGUCAUCAGGAAGAUCAGUGGGUCAAUUGUCCUCUAAGAUUUUAGAAACAUAAUGUAAAUACAUAUUUGUGUGUGUAUAUUAUUGUUUUUUAAUAUAAAAUGUAUUAAAGAUGAACUCCCCUCUCCCUCUGGAAAUUUUGAAAUGAUGCGCCUGUGCUCAAGAAAAUUCGUGAUGAGCUGGACUCUACUUUUCAGUUCAGGGGGUUAAUUAUUGUGGCUGGGUCACAGUUUUAAAAAGAAAAAAAAAACAUUUUAACCUGAAAGAAAAUGAAAAGUGCUAAAGAUUAUAAUGUAUUGCAUGCAGAAUGGUUUUGCAGUUUUACUGUAAAAACCACUUUGCUGAAAGUGAUACUUUUGAUUUGAUUUCAUUAAAUUGACCCGUAUGGAGAUCUGCUUGACAGAACCGUGCCAAGCCUUUCUGAUGUUGUUCUUCUGUAUUUAUUCUUUUUCAUUUGGAGAAUGGAAAACUGCAAUAAAAAUGUUAGCAAAGUGAGUGAAAGGGAAUGUUUUUGAGUGAAUUAUGAAGCAGUUUUGAGACUUGUCGCGUGGGAAAUAUAACUAGUUUAAAUUCGUUGACCUAAGUUGUUUUAAUCAAAAUUACAUAAGGAACAUAUUUUUUUGCUACAUUUCUUUUUCUUUGAUUCCACGCUCACGAUGUCAAGCUCUAACUUUGUUUUUGUGCACAUUACAUUUAAUUUUGUGCACAUGGUUAAAGUUUUAGUAUUCUACUUAUUUCACUUCCUUCUAAUAAUGUAAUAGUCUUUAUAUUAAUAAUUAGUAAUCAGUAGUACAUUGUUUAAGCAAAAUUAAAAUUUCAAGCCAUUAUUUUGAGAUGCUGAUUUUAUAUGAACAUUUUUGUUCAAUUAAGCUUAACUGCUAUAAAUGCUCGGGCCGAUGGCGGCGUUCCAUUUCAGAACGUUCGGUCCCGUAGCUGCGCUUCGUUUUCCGAGCGCUGGUCCUCAAGGGGUUAAAAAUCAAAUCUGUGCUGUAUUCAAAAUCUUAAAUAUCACAGAUAUAUGAUACAUGCCAAUAAUCAAAAUUAUGAACUAAAACUUUAGUCAGUCUUAAACUUAUGGUUUAGAUUGAUCGGUCAAAAUGUGGUUUUGUUUAUUCAGUUGUUUACUUUUUUUAUUACUAAGUAAAUGCAUUAAACAAAGUUCAGUACUUUAAUAAUUUUUUGCAUUGCUAUUUUCAAUGCCUUAACAGUUUAAUUUCAAUGGUACUCUAAACAAGUGUAGAUUGUUUUUCUAACUUGGAACUUCUGGAGAUAUGGUUGCUUUUUUCCCCCCUAGAAAGUAAUAAAAGAAAACAGUUUAUUAUUUUUAUUUAAUUCCGUUGUUUUAUAGAUGUUAUAAAAUAUUUAUAUAUAUAUUUUUUACGAAAUUUUUUGACACAUUUUAAAAUGUGCAAGAACAUGAAAUUCCCUAUAAAGUAUAGCACUUCAUUAAAAAUCUUGUUCCUCAAAAAGAUAUUUUUAAAUAAUUGUUCAUAGCUCCUCAUUCUUUAUAACUUUGAAAUUAAAAAGAAAUACUUCAUUCAGGUCAAUGGCAUUAUGUUUAUCAUGAACCAAGUUCAGGUACAUUAAUCUUUCCCCUUCCUUUCUAAUGAUCUACCACAUUGAAAAUUCUUUUCUUCCACUUACUGUUAUUCUUAACACUGAAUUUGAAGUUACGUAUGCUUCUGUGAUUUUGAAACUCAAUGAUUGAAAUCUUGGUAUUUUAUUCAAAGUAUGUGUAUUAUUAUUUUGUAAAAUUGUCUUAGACGUGCCCCCUCCCCCAUUGUUAUUUUAAAUGUGCUCUUCCAGUUUUUUGUCCUUUUUUUUAAAUAAAAUAUUUUGUAUUGAAUAUUUUAGCUCAAUUAAUAGCUGAAUUAAUGUUUUAUUUUAUAUUGCCCUUGUAUAUUAUAUUUCGAUUUUCCAUUUGACAUGUUUCAAAUGAUUGAUAUGUAUUUAAGUGACACAAGCUAUAAAAAUUUGUUGCCAAAUUGAAAAAGAUAUCUUAAUGUGUAAGUUUAUAAGCAGAUUUUAUAUUUUAUAUAAGACAUUGUUACAAAGAUAAUUAAAAUCAUUUGAAUACAUUUUUGUUA